AGGAAUGGGUAUAAAAGCGCAGUGAACCCAAUCUCCCUCUCUUUCUCCUAUGUUGCCGUUGCCGCGCUCGUACUCGCUCCCGCUCAUCAGUCCUCUUUCGAUAACGAGACGUGUAAAUUGUAGUUGAGAUCCUAUUAUCCUUGUUGCGAAGAGGAGAUCUAGCAUAUUCUAAGGAAAUUGCAAGUCACAAUGGUACCAGUGGUCGCUUCUUUCGCACAUGGUCUUGUUUGUGCUGGUGAGAGGUUUCUUGCAAGCUCUCAACUACGAGAUCCUGCUGCCAUCUCAGGCUCCAUUCUCUGCUGGUCUUGGAUUAAGCCUCAAGAAGAAGUUAAUAGCUUCCCGGCUGAACCAAUAAUGGCCUUGGCUUCCUGCAAUGAGGCUACAUAUAUCGUUGGAGAGAGAUUUUCACACCCAUAUAAGAAAUGUUUUGUUCCUCUCUCCAACCGACGUGGGAACUCACAAGAGAAUGAUCCGACUCCCUGCUAAUUUCUGGUUCUGAAGAUGGCUGCGCUAUAGUUUGGUCCUUUCUAACAGUAUUUGAUGAUCGAUGGCAAAGGGAAGCAAAACAUUUGUAUGCAUAGUUUCACUGGGCAUAAUUCCCUGUUUACUGAUAUUGUCGUUGGCUAUGGAGGAUCCAAUGCUAUUAUAAUCUCUUCCUCUGUGGAUCGUACUUGUGAGGUGUGGAGCUUAUGGGAAACUAUUAAGAAAUAUCAUAUUUUUAAUCAUUGAUGCAAUUGCUAUGGGUCCCGAGGAACAUGUCCUCAAGGGUGGUGGUAGAGAUGGGAAAAUAUACACCGCUGCGCUCAAUGCUAAAAGCCCAUCCAGCAGUGAUUGUGGACUGCAUAUUCUCGGCUCAUUGUCAAAUCAGAGGAAAAGCACCAGUGAAGCCGAACAAAAAGUCACCGUACUACACAUCGUUGGUGGGAUUUACUGAUUGGAGAAGAGACUUGGACUUGUCCAUACAACCCCACGAUAAGUUCAGAUAUUAUUGUGGCCUAACUAUGAUGGCUGCCAAAAUCGCCUAUGAAUCCGAACCCUUUGUUCAAUCUGUUGUAAAUGAUCGUUGGAAGAUGAAAUUUCUCGGUUUCUUUGAUUUCUGGAAUGACUUUCAGAACAGAGCGACAACUCAAGCCUUCAUGUUUCAGAACACAGCCACAAACGAUCCAAACAUAAUAGUGAUAGCAUUCAGAGGCACCUCCCCAUUCGACACAUACGACUGGCAGGUCGACACUGACUUAUCUUGGUACAAUAUUGAAGGCGUAGGCCACAUCCACAGCGGCUUCAUGAAAGCCCUCGGCCUUCAGAAGGCCACAGGAUGGCCCAAGGAGCUUUCCAAACCCCAACAUGACUUUGCAUAUUACACCCUCCGCCAAAAACUAAGAGAUAUUGUCAAAUCCAACGACAAGGCAAGAUUUAUCAUCACAGGCCAUAGUUUGGGCGGCGCAUUGGCCACCUUAUUUGUCACUAUGUUGAGCUAUCAUGAGGAGAAAACAAUAUUGAAGAAGUUGCAAGGUGUUUACACCUACGGCCAGCCCAGAGUUGGCGACCGACAGUUUGCUGAGUUUAUGGUAAACACUGUCCAAAAUUAUGGCUUCAAAUAUUACAGAUACGUUUACUCGAGUGAUUUGGUGCCUAGAAUUCCUUAUGGUGGCAUCGGUUUCAAAUACAAACACUUCGGUAGAUCUAUCUAUUUCAACAGUUUGUACCAAGGGAGAAUGGUGAAGGAUCAGCCAAACAAGAACUACUUCUCGUUGCAAUGGGUGAUACCCAAGUAUUUAACUGCAUUGUGGGAGGUCAUAAGGAGUUUCAUAACCCCAUUAGUGUGGGGUUUUGAUUACUACGAGAGUUUGAUAAUGAUUGCAGCAAGGAUGGUUGGACUGUUUGUUCCAGGAUUCGCCGCUCAUUUUCCAGUGAAUUAUGUUAACUCAACUCGUUUGGGAAAAUUAAAGGCACCCAAUGAGGUUGAUGACCCAAUUCAUGAAGAUGAUGUCGAAAGCGACGACUAGAACAUAUGGAGAACAUGAUUAUAAGUUAAGAAAGUUUGGAAAGUAACUAAAAUAAAAUAAAAUUAUAAAUUUGGUAUUUGAACUAAGUGUCUUCCAUGUAAAAAAUAUGGAAUAAAAUGUUAUAUUUUUUAAGUUUUAUAUUGGGUUACGAAUUACG